AUGGCAUGCAGCCCAAAUACUUUUAGGAUAUUUAAUAUUGACAUGCCAGAAGUAUGCACAAGAGCUGUCAAUGGAGACUAUAUAUCUGUCCCAAAUAAACACCAUUCACAUUCACCAGAGUGGCGCAAUAAUCCCCAACCACAUUACGCAACAUCAAUUAUUUCCAACAUAAGGAUCCUAAAUGAACCAAUAUACUAUAUGGAAACAAAAGACACCAAGACAAAACAGCAUCAUUGGUGGCCAGCUGGGGAGACCCAUGUGUAUCAUUAUACUCCACCAUAUGACAAACAGAGCACCCAAAGAACUGAUUUUCAGAAACCAGCCUGUGAGUUGUCUUUGCCAACUAUAUUCAGCAGUCAGCAACGGCCUUCAUGUGGGAUAGCUCCACUUGCAGCUCCUAGAACAUCCAAAGGUCUUCCAAAGAUUUUACAGGAACAGACCUCUGUUAGCCAUCAGUACAAUGCCAGAGAAUCUCCUAGUGAACCCAUCCAAGGAAAGCGACAUGGAGCUUUUGUGUGCACAGAGAUAAAGCCAGCGAGGUCGAUAGUUCCUGAGGGAACAGAAAUAUUCCUGAGUGCUAGAGGGUCAUGUUCACCAGAACAGCCAAAAACAGAGAAAGAAAACUCAGUGAAAAGCCGAAUGACCUCAGCCAGUCUCUUCCUGCAGAAUUCCUAGGAGACACUAAGCUCUGAAACUCACUUAUCAAAACCAGACAUCAGAGAAAUAGCCAAGGCAUACCCCAGAAUUCCUGUGAGAGGACACAAGAGUUCAGGCAUUUCUCAGACAACUGAAGUGGAUGUUAUCUGUCCUGCUGAGGAAGAGCCCUUUAUAUCCUACAAACAUCCUUCAAUAGAUGAGUGGGUGGGUUACCUACUGUACAUAAAAACAGGCGGACACUGAAUCCACCAUCAGCUACUGGAACAAAAAGAGCCUAGAGUCACUGUGCAAGCCAGUGCAUUUGCUUAUUCCAAUAUCAAUAACACCAAACACAAGCUGACACCAGUGAAUUGUUAGAGGGAACACAGUGCUUCUUUGACAUACCAACAGCUGCACUGUACUUUGAUGUUUCUAAAAAACUAUAUGCUCAUCAAAACUUUUUCUUAAUGGCAGAAUUUCAGGGUUUUCUCUGGAGCAUUUUCCUCUUGGUUGUUUACAUGCAGUCUGCAAGAUGGAUUUUAAGUUACUUAACACUUUCAAAGCUGCUUAUUA